UGGACGCCCCCCCCCUCACACCGACUGUAGAAGGCUGCAGAGCUGCACCGCGGACGGGAGGGAGACACUUUGACCAGCACCGAGCAGCGGGACAGCGUGUCUUGCCUUUUUCUUUUGGAAGAACUACUUCGGGAUUUCGGCGCACGCCUGAAACCUGUGAGCGCGGAGGACGCCUUGUCGGCUCAGCAUGACAUCUCUGAUGAACUCCGCGUGCCUCUUCUUCUUGCCUGUUGCUCUGCUUCUAAUGCAGAGCCCGUGCCCUGUUGCUGCAUCGUCAGCCAGAAGGUGUCACUCCAUCUAUAAGGGUUUUGCUCAGUGUCUGAUGGCUCUGGGCGACAGUCUCACGGACAGCGCCCGCAAGAAUGAAGACACACAUGAGAUACACUCCAUCUGCAGGUCGUGGGAUGAGUUCCAUGACUGUGCCAACGUGGCGAUGGCCGGCUGUCCGGAUGAAGCAGCAGCUGUCUGGGAAUCUCUCCGCCAGGAAUCCAAAAAGAUGCAGUUCUCCGGAAACCUCUACGACAUGUGCUCCAACCGCAACAACUACCCAGUGGCCUCAGUCUCCCCGCACGGCUCUCCCAACCAGGAAGAGAUCAGCCAGGAGUCUCUAAGGGGGUGCGCUGACCAUCUGGCAGGCUGCCUCCACCUUCUCAUGCUCCUGUCUCCUCUGCUCCUGCUGUGGUUUUGGAUAUAGCUACCCCCAAAGAAACGGGACUGGUGUAAAUGGAUAUAAACUUUUGUGUACAUUUUCUUCCACAAGUCUACAGACUUUCCUGUUUUUUCUCCCUGUCUGCUCUGCCAGGGGUUGAAUAUUUCUAGGUGCAUGUUCAGAGGCCUGAAAGUCUUUUUUUGAUAAUUAUAUCUUUAAACUGCCUGUGCAUCAUGCAUAUUAUCUGCAUUUUAAUUAGUCUCUCUGUUUAAAACACACACAAUUCAUACAGACACUCAAACACUGUACAAACAGACCUGCAAACACAUACAUAGUUAAACAGAAACAUACAGCAGUCUCAUGCCAUCUGGCUUUAUCCCCUUUCCCCCUACGUCUAGUUAAUAGGAGCUUGUUUUUGAAGGUUCAAGGGGGAGUUAAGCUUCCCAAGAGGAAUAAGAGAGACAUAAUAACAAAUAAUACUGUCCUUCUUGAUAAACCUGAAAAACUAAGUGAUGAGGAGACCACAUGUCACGACCAGCUUAACUCAUGCUUUCAUCAGCUUUACAGCAUGAAGCAUUUGAUAGUUAUGUAAAUCUAACAAACAUGGCUUGCUCUUGUACCUAAAUUGCAGUUUGACUCAAGUUCUCCGAUUGGCUAACUUUGCAUUUCUUAUUCCCUUCUCGUCUCUGAAAGC